AUAAAGAUGAGUGUGUGCAUCGGGGUGGGUUUCAGAGCAUUCACCAUCACAUCAAAGAGAGAGAUCAGAAGAAAUGUUCUGCCUGAGGGGUUUCACUGUUUUUAUCUCUUGUGUUGUCCUCCUCAUUGUCCAGCCCAGUCAUGGUUCUGAGAUUAUUGGUGGGAAAGAAGUGCAGCCCCACUCGAUGCCUUUCAUGGCUCUGAUGGCGAAUCCGAUCUGUGGAGGGACACUGAUCCAUCCAAAAUGGGUCCUGACUGCCGCCCACUGUGUUGGCAUUAAGAAGGUGUUACUGGGGUUACACUCCAUCAAAGAAAAGGAAAAGGACUCCAGGCAGGUCAUCAGUGUUAAGAGCCAUUAUCCUCAUCCCUGCUUUGAUGAAAAAGAAAAGGUCAAUGACCUCAUGCUGCUCAAGCUUGCCAAACCGGCGAAGCAAACCAAGACGGUGAAAUGUCUCCCGUUGGGUAACACCGUCAAAGAACCAGCAGCUGGCAGCAGCUGUCUGGUGGCUGGAUGGGGGAAAACAAACAACGUUGCCAAGAAAGCUUCAGAUGUCCUGAUGUCUGCCAACGUGACUGUGAUCGACAGAGUGAAGUGCAACUCUCCUGAAUAUUACAAUUUUGACCCUGUUAUCACCAAAGGCAUGAUAUGUGCUGGCUCAGAUGGUAAAAAACAGGUUGACGCCUGUAAGGGGGAUUCGGGAGGACCACUGUUAUGCAACGGAGCGCUCGUCGGUGUCACUUCUUCUGGAAGGAAGUGUGGCCAGAUUAAAAAGCCCGGAGUGUACUCGUUUCUCUCAGAGAGUCAACUCAACUGGAUCAAAAAGACGAUGAAGAAGUCUGAAAUGGAAUGAGACUUUCUUGUUCGUUACUCUGUAUAAAGCUUGUCUAUCUUUGUACUGCUACGUUCACUUUAUCUUAAGCAGAUACACCGUAUAGAAAAAGAGAAUCGCAUCAUAGAAAUUUUUUUAAAGUGAAAGUGACAAAGCUGUACAUCCACAGGCCAGUCCCCAGAAGAUCAUGUUGGCAAUGUACGUUUCUGCGAACCACAAAUACAUUAAUCUUGUGAUCGUGAGGUUGAGGGGAUGGUGGAUGGUGUGUUUUAGACGAGACACCUGCUAAGCUGCAGACCACUGUUCGAGACCAACAAACAGCGAAACCAUGUGUGGUUUAGCAAGUCAUUGCUGUUUUUCCAGCUGCUUUUUAGGCUCCAAAUGUGGGUGUUGUUUAAGGAUCUGUCACUGUGUUUCAAGCACCUUUUUUUUCAUCAAGACCUCACUGCUUUUCCUGCUGGGAUAGUGUCAGAAAAAGCGGUUGUUUUCCGUAGAGACAUUGCUGCUUUUCUAGAUGAGAUUGUGCCCCCAAACAUGAUCUUUUCCCGCCACAACCAAGACUUUUUGUGGCCUAACCCUAACCACACGCUAACCUCAGCAUUGUUGAAACUUAAAGUUUGAGCGUAUCCACUAUUUAAUAACACGUUAAUUUAACAUAUCAAUGGUUUGCAGACUCAUUCAAUGCCAGCAUUUUUUCUGUCUUUUUCUGGGUUGACACCAAAGAGCUAAGAUGAAAGCAAAGAAUCAAACAAACCGCUUCACCACUUCCUUCAUCAAACGCUUUAACUGACAUUGAGGCUUCAGCUUUGUGGAAAGAUUUUAUGCUAAAGGUUCAUUCUUGGGCACAUUAUUCCUCAUUAUUCAUUCAUAUUGUUACUGCAUGAAACCUUCAAAUAAAUGACAUUUUCUACUAUCUUGAAGGUAGAUACAUAUUUCUAUCUUUUAUUCUUUUUAUGACUCUGUCGCAUUUUCAUGACAGUGGCUAGAGUACAGUAAUUUCACACCUUCAUGGCAUCACAGAUUUGUCUUUCAGUUCUCUGGUUUCCAGUCAUGUG